CACAUGGGACAGAAACCCUAUCAAUGCCUUAACGGCAGGAACUCUUUGAAUUGGAAGUCAGCACUGACUACACAUCAGAUAAGCCACAUAGGAGAGAAACCCCAUAAGUGCUUGGCCUGUGGGAAAAGUUUCAUACAUAGGUCAGCCCUUGUUAAUCAUCAGGCCAUUCACACUGGAGAGAGACCCCAUAAGUGCUUGGACUGUAGGAAAAGUUUCAUACAUAGGUCAGCCCUUGUUAAUCAUCAGGCUAUUCACACUGGAGAGAGACCCCAUAAGUGCUUGGACUGUGGGAAAAGUUUCACACACAGAUCAAAUCUUAAACAUCAUCAGUGGAUUCACACAGGACAGAGACCCCAUAAGUGCUUCCACUGUGGAAAAAGUUUUGUACAUAGGUCAGACUUUGUUAAACAUCAGGCUAUUCACACUGGAGAGAGACCUUAUAAGUGCUUGGACUGUGGGAAAAAUUUUAUACGGAGGGCAGCCCUUGUCAAACAUCAGGCAGUCCACACGGGGGAGAGACCCCAUAAGUGUUUAGACUGUGGAAAAAGUUUUAUAUGGAAGUCAGGCCUUGCUAAUCAUCAGGCAAUCCACACUGGAAAGAGACCUCAUAAGUGCUUAGACUGUGGAAAAUGUUUCAUACAGAGGUCAGACCUUGUUAAACAUCAGGCAAUCCACACUGGACAGAGACCACAUAAGUGCUUGGACUGUGGGAAAAGUUUUAUACGGAGGUCAAACCUUGUGAAACAUCAAGCAAUCCACACUGGAGAGAGACCCUAUAAGUGCUUAGACUGUGGGAAAAGUUUCAUACAGAGGUCAAACCUUGUGAAACAUCAGGCAAUCCACACCGGAGAGAGAUCCCAUAAGUGCUUAGACUGUGGAAAAAGUUUUGUAUGGAAGUCAGGCCUUGCUAAUCAUCAGGCAAUUCACACAGGAGAGAGAUCCCAUAAGUGCUUAGACUGUGGAAAAAGUUUCAUACAGGGGUCAGACCUUUUAAAACAUCAGGCCAUCCACACAGGAGAGAGACCCCAUAGGUGCUUGGACUGUGGGAAAAGUUUCACACAGAGAUCACAUCUUAAAACACAUCAGAGAAUCCACACAGGAGAGAGACCCCACAAGUGCUUGGACUGUGGGAAAAGUUUCAUACAGAGGUCAGACCUUGUUAAACAUCAGAUAAUCCACACAGGAGAGAGACCCCACAAGUGUUUAGACUGUGGGAAGAGUUUCAUAAGGAGAUCAACCCUUCUUAAUCAUCAGGCAAUCCACACAGGAGAGAGACCCCAUAAGUGCUUAGACUGUGGGAAAAGUUUCAUACGGCAGUCAGGCCUUGUUAGACAUAAAGUAGUCCACACAGGAGAGAGACCCCAUCAGUGCUCAGACUGUGGGAAAAGAUUCAUGCAGAGUUCAACCCUUGUUAAACAUCAGUCAAUCCAUACAAGGGGAAGACCAUAAGUGCUUGGACUCUGGGGAAGUUUCAGAAUCAGUUCAGCCCUUCUAAACAUCAGGCAAAACACACAUAGUGUUUAGACUAUGGACAAACAUUUCAAAUAGAUGUCAGCCCUUGUUUUACAUCAGAGAAUCCACCCAGGGAG